AUGGCAACAGCAGAGUUAACCAGCGUCUGCCGCACUGAGUUUGACCUCCCUUCACAAAUGCAUGCUGCGUUUACCGCCCAAGACUCCCAUUUUGACCUGGCAGACAUUGAGCUCUCGCCCUUUUCUGGCCCACUUACACCACUCACCAGCUCUUGCGAAAAUUCCCCACGUAUUCCAGAGGCGUCAAUCCCCUCCCUUUCGUUGCUGGAGUCUUUGUCACCCAUCACUUUGGAAGGCUCCUCUGACAUCAUUCCUGCAGCAUUAGUCGAUGAUCCCCGGCAGCUCACAAUGCCAUCGAACGAUCGUCGCAGGGCAAGAAAGAACGUCAAGUCAAACAUUGCUCGGGCGAAAAAGCGUAAAUUGGCGUCAAGCUCUGUCGACGCAUAUCUUCAUAAGAGAGGAAAUCCUCGUAAGGUCAAGAAAGCUCUACCUUUAUUGAGCGACCUGCCAACAGAAUCCAUUCCUGUUGCGAGCACGGGAUACGUUGCACUGGACAGUGGCCCAACUAUGCAAAAACAAUUCAAACUCGAGGAGCUGGUGGGAGACGAUUCAAAGUACAAAUUUCGAUUGCUGAGGGCCCAAACCGAGUCGAUUCCAAUCGUGGAUUCUGGUAAUAGGAUUAUUGGGGUCGUUGCCAAUCACCCCAAAGAUGAAAACUGGGACGUACUGUGUCGACAGGCCGCGGAUGCACUGGAAUCAAAUAGAGGCCAAUGCGACUUCACUCCCGAGGACGUCAAGCAUAGAAGAGGCAAAUUUGCAUCGCUGAGCUGCGGUGUAUCGCACGGAGGUAGGCAACAAGGUCCAGACAACCUGCACCACCGAAAAAAGAAUCAAAAGGUGCUCAACGAUCUCAAUAACAUGGAGUGCUUCAAGCGGUUUGCAGGCUUUGCUACAUGUGCAUCCGUUCCCUUCGUUGAUUUCAGCUCAUACCUCUGA